UUGCGCGCCACCAUGGACUUGGUCAAGUGGGGGAGUGCGUUCUUGCUGGGCAUCGCUAGCCACUGGUACUUGGCAAGCGAGUCGCGUGUGAAGGAUCCUGCACAUGCUGGCGACGAUAAUACAGAGACGGAUCAGGCUAACGACCCCGAAUCCCACGACGACAGCGACGACGAGGACGAAAGCGACGACGACUGUGAACCGCACAAGAUGGUGCUGGUGGUUCGAAACGAUUUGAAGAUGACCAAAGGCAAGAUCGCCGCACAGUGUGGCCACGCCACGCUCGGCGCGUACAAACGAGCAUUGAAGCGCACGCCGCAAGCCCUCGAUUUCUGGGAAUACUCGGGUCAGACCAAAGUCGCGCUCAAGAUUGAGUCCGAGGAGGAGAUGUUGUUGCUGGCUGGUCGGGCAAAGGAGCUCGGACUCGUUCACUACAUCGUCGUGGACGCUGGGCGUACCCAAAUUGCCCCAGACUCGAAGACCGUCUUGGCGGUUGGACCUGCGCCGGCGGGCACCAUCGAUAACCUCACGGGCCACUUGAAGCUCAUGUAAAACGCUAGCACGUGUACAAGGAUUGUAAACUCCAUGUGUCGUCAUCUGACUGUGCACUUGUGAAUACUAGUACUACGUAGUACUACCGGUAGUUACUAUUCAAUACUGGUACGAUUACAGUAUGUUUGCAAUUGUGACUAGUGUAACGAUCUAACCUGGAG